UGUUCGUCCCUUCAAGAUAUUGACCAAGAAGGUACAGACGGUGGAUCAUAAAUCUCAGAUAAAGAAGAGCAGUAUACAUUCAGCUUUCAGAGAGGCAACAACUGGGUCUUCAGAGGCGCUUCUUAAAGUAUUCAGAGAUACAGGCUAUGACUGGCAGAUGGGAUCUGUUCCUCUUCUUCAUUCUUGUCUAGAUCUUAGAAACCUAUAUUCUAUCCUACUCUGCUCAACCCUUUUAGGGAUACUCUACCGGGUACUGGAGAACAAGGAAGCGGCUGGAGACGGUUCUCAUAAGAUGAAAAGUUAUGGAGAUGGCUCCAAGAUCGAAAGUGACGGAAUUGAUUCCACUACAAUGACAAAUGGUUUUACCAAAAUAGAAAGUGAUGGUUCCAGUAAGAUAGAAGAUGAAGAUGAGAUGGAUAAAGAUGAUUCCAGCAAGAUCGAAGACGAAGAGCGGUUUGAAAAGACGGUUUCGGGGACUGUGUAUCCAGUUUAUCGUAACGGAGACGUAAAUGACAACAUAUCAGAGGAAGCUGAUUUGUCCAUUACUGACGAUGAUUGUCAAAGCUUCCAGAAAAGUUUGGCCUUUGGUCUUCUCUUCCUUGUUGUUCCUUUCCUACCAGCCUCAAAUAUGUUUUUCCAGGUUGGGUUUGUAGCAGCAGAAAGGAUCUUGUAUGUUCCUAGUAUUGGAUUCUGUGUUCUAGUGGCACUAGGAGCAAGAAAGUUACUGGUUCGAAUGAGAGGAUAUAGAGAAGGAAGUAUGAGAAGGAACGGAGAAGGAGGGAUCAGAGAAUACAGAUGGAUGAGAGAAUACGGAAAAGGAUGGACGGAGAAGAUGAUACAAAUUCUCAUCCUGAUCACACUCCUCUCAUUUGGAGGAAAAACAUUCACAAGAAAUUUCGCCUGGAAUUCAAGACUGGCUUUAUUCAGAUCUGGGCUUCAAAGUACACAAACAAAUGCCAAGAUUUUCUACAAUUAUGGAAACAUGGCCCUAGACAAUGGAAACCAGGAAACAGCUAAACUAUGCUACAAGGAAGCCAUAAGGCUGUGGCCUAGCUACGUGAUUGCUUGGAAUAAUCUUGCAACUCUAUCUGACAACGAAACGGAAAUAGAGUUUCUUCUCAGAAAAGCUUUGUUGUUGGAUCCUAGUCACACAACAUCAUUGUACAAUCUUGCAGAUCUAUACAGGCAAAGACGACAUUACAAGAAAGCUGUUUAUUAUUUCUCAAUUUGUCUAAAGUUCAGAGAAUGUCAACCUACUGCAGUACGAUUGCUGUCUGACUGCAAGGAAGAAGUUCAAAAGUUGAAAAUAGCAAAUAACAAGCAUCAGCAUCAUAAUGAUCUUGAAAGAAAAUACCAUGGAAAAAAUGAGCCUGGGAGUAAAUGAUCAUGAACUAGGAGUAAAUGAUCUUAAACCAGGAGUAAAUGAUCAUAAACCAGGAGUAAAUGAUCAUGAAGCAGGAGCAAAUGAUCAUGAACCAGGAGUUAAUGAUCAUGAAACAGGAGUAAAUGAUCAUUAAACAGGAGAAAAUGAUCAUGAAACAGGAGCAAAUGAUCAUGAACCAGGAGUAAAUGAUCAUGAACCAGGAGUAAAUGAUAAUGAGCAGGGAGUAAAUGAUCAUGAAAUUGUAGUUAUUGAUCAUGAACCAGGAGUAAAUGAUCAUGAACCAGUUGUAAAUGAUCAUGAAUCUCGAAUAAACGAUCAUAAACCAGUAGUAAAUAAUCAUGAAUCUCGAGUAAAUGAUCAUGAAUUUCGAGUAAAUGAUCAUAAACCAGAAGUAAAUGAUCAUGAAUCUCGAGUAAACGAUCAUGAAUGUAGGAAAAUUUGAUCACGAUUGUAGACCUUUUUUUGUGCCAAAUUUUGUACCGUAUAAAAAACAUUUUUGAAUAAAGUUUAAAAUUUAA